UCUGCCAAAUGAAGUCUCUUCCCAUGAUGAGUGUGGCAGCAGCUACUGUUAUUAAUGGGCAGAGUGAGCUGAGUAAGUUAAGGAGCAGCAGAAAUGUUGGUGUUUGUAGUUUCCGUGUGAUGUGUAUGAGCUCAUAGUGGGGGUCAUGCCAACAUGGGAGGGAUCGGACCGUCAAGUGGACAGCUCUGUAGCCCGCCUGCCCGCCCACUGCGCUCCACUCCACUCCACUCCACUCCACACCGGGAGCAGCGCGUCAGGGCUGAUGCCAGCCAGCCGAACAUAGAUGGACUGACGAGGGAGGAACAACAAAAACAAAACCUCUGCGCAACUAGAAUAAAUCCCUAAGAGCUGCUCAGCGGGUGAGAAUAAAACUGUGUGACGCAGCUCUCUUACGGGUCCCGGUCCAGGUCAGUGCCCGUUCUGGAGACAGUGAGAGGCGGACAGUGGAGUGGAAAAAGCUUCGGGGAGCGGACACAGCUGGAGCUCCUCUCCAUCAUCAUUAUAAAGAUCCAAGUGGACAAGGCUGCAGCCUUUGACCGAUCAGUGGCCUGUUUUGUUGUUCAGUGAUGAAUUCAUCUACAGACCUUUUCGAUGACUCCUCCCCCCAGAUACGGACUUUUACUCCCGGUCUCUCCUCCGCCGACCUAUCUGGAGUCCACACCGCUCCCGGCUUCAGACCCCCUGGCUUCCCCCUCAUCCACCAUCUCCUCCAGCCGGGAGGAGGUCCACGGAGGAUCCUGACUGCAAACCAGAACGAAGUGACUGCCACUCAAAUAGAGCAAGAAGAGGGGAUAAUGGAGGGAGAGGACGAGUUGACGGAGGUGAAAAGGAAGUGCAACGACAACGCCCUCAUGGCUGAGUGGAGUCAAGAUGUCAUGAAAGUGAAAAGGAUGAAGCUAGAGUGCAGGCAGAAAGAUAAGGAGUUGGAGGACGGAGGGAAGAGGAGAGAGGGGAGGAGACGGGAGAGGGAGGAGCUGAAGGAGCAGCUUGAGGAGGCCAGGGAGAGACUGCAGGCCCUGCAGGAGAAAGUCUGGAGGGCGUUUGGGGAAAAGGCAGAGAAGGAGGAGAAGAAAACGAAGCGCCUAAGCGGAACCAGGUGUGAUGGAGAUGAAGGGACGGUGGAGGAUGAGGAAGACGUCACAGGAGAGAUGUUUGAUGAAGAGGACAUUGAUGGCGCUGAGAUGGAGAAGGAAUCUUUCUCCCUGCUUUCUGUUUCCCAUUUUGACAACUUCCACAAACGGAAAGACGAGUUGCAUAAAGACAGAGAAAGACGGACAGAGAGAGGAAGAGAAGGAGACAUGGAGGGCAUCAUGGAGGGAUCAAGACUGUGGCUGGAGUGCGGAGGUCUGACCAGGGGAGACUGGGAUGGAGGCACUGAAGAUGAGGAUGAGGAGGGAGGACAGAAGUUUGCUCAGGCGCUGAAGCUGGAGCUGGGCAGCGCCGUGGCGCGAGUCAUUGACCGAGUCCUUCGUCUUUACACAGAGAUGAUGGACCAUUCCUCCCAGCCUGCCGCCAUCUCCUUCCACCCAUCUGAUCAGGCACAGGACGGAGGGAAGGGGAGGGACGGCUGGAUGGGACUGUUGACGAGAGGAAGAGUGGAGGAACCGAUGAAGGAGAAGGAGGACGGAGACAGAGAGCAGCAGCUCAAGAAGUUGGUUCCUCCUGGACCAGAUCUGGCAAUGCCAUUGGCCGUUCACAGGUCACCUGACACGCGGAAGACCUUCCCUCUCCUCGGACCGCCACUCUCUACCAGCAUCAACUCCUCCCACCCAAAUCUCCCCCUUCAUCACCCCUCUUUGACCCGACCCACUCCUCUUCCUCACCCUCCACUCUUGCCUCCAGCUUCACAGCCCAAAGAGACUUCCUCCUCCACUUCUUUCCACCCCUCUUCAUCGUCCUCUUCCUCCUCAUCAUCCUCCUUCCCUGCACCACCUCCACCACCUCCUCCUCCACCUCCGCCUCUUCCUCUUCCAUUACUCCACUACUCCAUGCAGCAGCUCUUCUCCCGCUCACUCCACCACCCACAGCUCCCGCAUCUCGCUCCGUCUCGGAAGGACUACCUGAAUUCUGACCCCUUCCUGGAGUUCUCCUCUCACGCCUCCUUCCCUCCGCUCCCUUUCCUCGGGCACCUGGACCCGUCGCUGACUCGCCAUGGAGUCAGAGAGAGGGAGAGGGGGGUGAGGGGAGACGGCAGCAUCAGAGGAGGUGGAGGAAUGGACGGAGGAGAGCUCUACCUGACCGCCGGCGGGGCUCAGGAGGGAUUGUCUCCCUGCCAUCUGAAGAAAGCCAAGCUCAUGUUCUUCUACACACGGUACCCCAGCUCCAACACGCUCAAGACCUACUUCCCUGAUGUCAAGUUUAACCGCUGCGUGACCUCGCAGAUGAUUAAAUGGUUCAGCAACUUCAGGGAGUUUUUCUACAUCCAGAUGGAGCGAUUUGCACGCCAGGCGGUCCGCGACGCUCUCACUCGGGACGGCACAGCUCGUCUGGGCCGAGAGAAUCAGCUGCGAGUGGGUCGAGAUACGGAGCUGUACCGCAUCCUGAACAUGCACUACAACAAGAGCAACGUCUACCAGGUUCCUGAGAGAUUCAUCGAGGUGUCAGAAGUGGCUCUGAGGGAGUUUUACUCGGCCAUUUGGACUGGGAGAGACAGCGACCCCUGCUGGAAGAAAGGAAUAUAUAAAAUCAUCUGCAAGCUGGACAGUCCUCUGCCGGAUGCCUUCAGGAUGCCUGGCUGUCCGGUGGGCUGAGCUCUGCGUUUCUCCUCUACGUGAACUCCACUGCAUGCUCAAUCACAUUUUUAUCAAGGUUUAAACAAACCGUCAAGCUGUAAAUGAUGAGUCUGGUUCUCAGUUUGAGGUUAAAAACAAUUAUUUGGGACAUAAACACAGGACAGACAGUGGACAUGCUAAGUGCUCAAACAAGAGUCUUGUGACUGCACUCAUCCUGGCCAUACCGCUGAAUUAAAAGCAGGAAUUCCUUCUGCAAACAUUCCUCUGCAGUCAGGCUGCAAACCGCAGCUUUUCUACAUUACACGUUUGAUAAAACUCUCCUGAAACCGAGCGCUGACACAGCCUCGUAUUGUUCGUUCUGUCACAGAUUCAUAACGAGUCCCUCUGUAUGUGUGAGGCUGAGUUUUACUGACGAUUAGCUGGAAUUUUAGAGAAACAUUCGCAAGUUAUUCCAGAGAAAAUUAAAUUUAAAGCAAUUAAAAGGGAUUUUAUGUGACAUCAACAGAAAAUAGCGCCCAACUGUGAAGUCAAAUGUAAUGGUUUAACAUUUGUUUUUACAAAUUAAGUCAGAUAUACAUUUGUAUUCAGCCUGCUUUGUUUAUUUGUUGUAAAUUUGUUCAUUUGAGCCCAACUGAGUUGCACAUCACUGUCGAUCUUGUUUUGGAUCGACAAUGAAUAAAUAACAUCGGCGUCCUACAAACGACAAACAAAAAAAUCGGACUAAUUUAUUUGCUUUAUUCUAUUU